CUCAUGCCUCUUCCGUAGGAUGUUCACUGUGACCAGGGCCAUAGAGGAGACACUUUUCCAGCACUUCAUACACCAGAAGCUGGAGAUCGCCUACGCCAUAUACAAGCCAUUUCCCUUCUUCGAAACCCUCCGAGACAACUCCUUCAUCACGGAGAGGAUGUACAGGGAAUCUUUGGAAGCCUGUGGACAUAUGGUCCCCGUAUCCAGAGUGGUGUACAACAUUCUCACCAAACUGGAGAAUACGUUUAACCUUUCACUUCUGAAGAUGAUGUUCAGCCGAAUUAACCUGCACGAAUACCCCGACCUGAUGACGAUUCUCAAGAGCUUCAGAAACGUUGUUACUUCCUACGGAAGACAGAACGGAACCACGCUGAGCCUCUGGGAAGCCCCAGCGCACCCAGCAGAAGAGAGCUGCCUCCAGACCCUGGCGCUGCCACCCCCACCCCAGCAUCCCGCAGUGAGCCACCCGUCCCGGGCCGAUGAGCCCAGAGCACCCAUGGGACACAGCGCUGAGAUCCUGGCUGAGCCACCCCCUCCUUCUGGCCCUGCCAGAGUCACCCAGGAAGAAAUGAUGGUUCCAGACAACUUAACACCCGAAAUGAAUGAAGGAGACUCUCAAGAGAUGCCUGGCAGUCCCAUCACCAGUGUGCAAGUGGUGAGAGAUGAUCCUCCUGAACCAAAUGACCCAACAGAGCCCCAGGAGGUGCCCAGCGUACCUCCCAACAAGAAAGGAAAGAAAAGAAAAAGAAAUAUCUGGGCAACUCCAAAAAAAAGAUACAAGAAGAAAAGACUCCCAAGAGCAGCCUCUCCUGGCCACGGAAUCCGAGAGAAGCUCCAAGGGGUGGGUCAGGCCACUCAGAGGAAGAACGACUCUGCCAGGGACUCAAAGGUCACGACCAGGGCCCAAAAGGCAAAGACUGACUGUGCCCAGACGUCUGGACCAGAGGAUCCCAUGGAUAAUGGAAAUAAGCUGUCUUUGGGACAAUCUCCUGGGGAAAAGCAAAAGAGGAGAGAAAAAAACAGCAGGUCAACUUCAAAAGGAAAACAGAAAGAAAGGCUCCCGAGAGCAGCCUCUCCUGGCCACGGAAUCCGAGAGAAGCUCCAAGGGGUGGGUCAGGCCACUCAGAGGAAGGACGACUCAGCCAGGAACUCGAAGGUCACGACCAGGGCCCAAAAGGCAAGGACUGACUGUGCCCAGACGUCUGGACCGGAGGAACAACCCAAAGAUAAAACCGUGGAUUUUCACGCUCCUAAGCUUCCUGUGACCUGUGGUGAGGCAAAAGGGAUUUUAUAUACGAAGAAAUUGAAAAAAGGCUCUUCAGAGAAGUGCAUUCAGGAUGAGAAGGGAGUUUGGUUCACUCCAAAAGAAUUUGAAAUUGAAGGAAAACGGGCAAGUGCAAAAAAAUGGAAGCAGAGUAUACACUGCAGAGGGAAGACCCUAAAACAACUGCUGAAGGAAGGAAUUUUGGUAUGUCCUCCAAGACAAAGUCUCAAGAGAAAGCAGGAAAACUCCAAGGAAUGUGAGGUAUGCUGCGGGGUGGGGGGGUUGGGGGGACCACUGCUUCCCUGUGACACUUGCCCAAGAGCCUUUCACGAGGACUGUCACAUCCUGCCUGCGGAGACAGAGAGGAGCCCGUGGAGCUGCACCUUCUGCAGGAUGAGGGAGGCCUCAGGAGGCCCCCAGUGCCACGAGGAAGCUGAGGUCCUGGCGAGGCUGAUGAGGCCUGAGGAGCAGCUCAAAUGUGAGUUCCUCCUCUUGAAGGCCUACUGUCAUCCACAAAGCUCCUAUUUUGCAGAGACUCCACGUAAUAUUCAUGAUUACGGUGAGCACUUUAAGGAAGCCAUGUGGCUGGGCCUGGGCAAGGAAAGAUUGACUGAGAAAGUGUACACAGCAGCAUGGUUCGUGCGGGACAUGCGCCUGAUCUUUUUCAACCAUAAAACAUUUUACAAGACUUCUGACUUUGGUCAGGUGGGACUGGAUAUAGAGGCUGAAUUUGAAAAGAGCCUCAAAGAAGUGCUUAUUUUUUGUGGAUCCACUGAGAACAUCUUUCAGGCUCCCUGACCUGUUCUAGGAGGAUUAAGGUACCUUCAGGAUCCAGAUGAUGUGACCCUGGUUGUGGCUAGAUGGCCAACGAAUCUGAGAUGUUACUGACUACCCUCCUGACUUAAAUCCAGACCCUUCACACGUCAUGCUACCCCGUAACUCCUUUCAUCUUUUAUUGUUUCUUUGUACACAUAUAUAUGUUUAUAUUACACUUCCAUGCCUGUAAUUCCCACCCAACACCACAGGCCUUUUUCCUGUCUUCCUCCAGUCAUAUCUGUGUUUCUUUUUUCCCACAGAAUAGUUACUCAUUUGCUCAACUCUAAACUACAACCAUAAUAGUUUCAGGAUUCCCACACCCAUACCACUAAGAAAAGGAAACUAAGCUGAAUUUUAAAUUUGUGCAGAAUUUAUUUUGUUUCUAUUAUACAUUUAAUAUACCCUUUCAGACAGUAUUUUUCAGAAUUUUGCAUCUGUAUUUAUAAAUGAGAUUGAGCUAUAAGUUUUUAUAUCCUGUGAUAGUCAGAUUUAGGGUUAUUUUAGCUUAGUAAAAUAACAUAAAACUUGCUACCUUUUUAUAUAAACUGGAAUAGUCUACCAUGUUUUAAAUUAACCAAGUCAUAAAAUUACAUUAUUGCCUACAGUUCUUUGGUGACAUAAUAGUGACUGAAUUCUUUGUUUCUUCGUGGUGAUUAGAUUAUUCAGAUGUUCUUUCGCUUUUUGAAUCAUCUGCUAAGCCAUCAGCCACUGCUUUUGUUGCUUACAGUGGCCUUAUUUCUGUCAUAUUACUUCAUUCUUUCUCUUUCGAACACUUCCAUGGUAUUUUGUCUAUGUUUUCUUCAUUGUCACCUUCUAUUCUGGAGGGAAUCAUAACAGUUUUUUAAUUCUUCUAAUUUCCUACCAGUUUUCCAAAUAUAUUUAUAACUUAUUUUUUGAAUGCCAGAGCCAAAAAUAAACUAUCUUUAAUGUGUCAGAUAUUUAAGUCAAGGUGUUUGUCACUUCUUACACCUCUCAGCUCCCAAUUCCUGUCUGUU